AUGCUACGGGUUCUCGGUAAAGGGUCGUUUGGAAAGGUCGUCCUAGUACAAAAGCGAAUUGGCAAGGAACGGGGUCAACUAUUCGCCAUGAAAAUUCUUAGCAAAACCCAUCUGGUGAAGAAGCGUCAAAUUGAACGAACUCGGACCGAACGCAAAGUCCUGUCUGUCGUGAGUCAUCCCUUCAUCAUGAAGCUGCACUACGCCUUUCAGACGGACGACAAGUUGUAUCUCGUGUUGGAUUAUUGUCCCGGUGGUGAGCUCUUUUUUCACCUUUCAAGAUUUAGACGCUUUCCGGAACGUGUAGCUCGCUUUUACGCCGCGGAACUGUUACUAGCGAUCGGGCAUUUGCAUAAACGUGGUAUCAUUUAUCGAGACUUAAAACCAGAAAACGUGCUUCUGGACGCGGAUGGGCAUGUGAAGCUGGGGGAUUUUGGCUUGGCCAAGGCGGGCAUUAAGCAUCCUUGGGAAGGUGCCGCCUCCAUGUGCGGAACACCCGAGUACAUGGCUCCCGAAGUGUUGUCGCAAGAAGGCCACGGAUUUGGCGUGGACUACUGGGGCCUAGGUAUGCUUGUGUACGAAAUGAUGACUGGGCUACCACCGUGGUAUACAACGGAUCGAGCUAAGCUUUUUCGCAGGUUGAAGAGUGCGCCGUUAGAGAUUCCGUCAUAUUUUAGUGGCCAGUCGGCGAACUGUGUUGGUGCGUUGUUGGAUCGAAAUCCCCGUCGACGGCUUGGAGUCACCGGAAUCCGAACGGCGAUGGAGCACGAAUUUUUCAGGAGCAUUAGUUGGAAAGCCCUCUAUGCUCGGCGAGUUGAAGCCCCAGUUCGUCCUUGUGAAGGU